UGGCUGUGCAUGAAGAGGAAGUACAUACAGAUGAGUAUGCUAAUUCAAGGGCCGACACAGCCAGGAAACGAUAUCAACAUGUAUCUCGAACUAUUAAAGGAGGAGCUUGAAACAUUGUGGGCAGAGGAAGGGGUAGAUACAUGGGACGCCGUCGUGGAAGAAUAUUUCCCUUUGAGAGCCACGUUGAUCACGACGGUGCAGGACUACCUCGGAUACGGUUACAUUUCGUGCCAGGUGUGCCAUGGACACAAGGCAUGUGUCAGGUGCAUGGAAGAGACGAUGUUUUUGCAGCUUGGUAAGGAUCCCGGCUCUUCGAAAACAGUUUACAUGGGGCAUCGAAGGUGGAUACAGAAGACUGACUCGUGGAGAAAGCGUGGAGAUCUGUUCGAUGGUACAAAUGAACCCCGAGGACCUCCACGUAAGAAGAGCGGCGAAGAGAUCGAUACAUUACUGAAAGGUUGGAAGGAGUGCCCUGCGCCGGGAAAGAUUCGUCAAAAGCCUGGAGAGAAGAAGAAGAAAAAGGAAACGACGCCGCUCAUUGGUGUAUGGAAAAGGAGGUCCGUGUUUUGGGACUUGCCGUACUGGACUUAUAAGGAGGUUAAUUGCUAG